GCUGUCAUCGUCGGGUCAAGCCCGGAGCUUGUGCAGAGACUCUGCUCACAGGUGGCGGUGAGGACGGUGUUCAUCACUGAGGAAGAGGAGGGGGCUCUUCUACAAGAGCUUGAGCCAGGCCUGAAGAAGACCAUUGGGACAAUGCUAUUCACGGGUACCGAGAGACUGAGCGUGCAAGGUGGGGGCAACUCCUCGGGCCUGUGCACAUUCUAGAUCUGGACAAGACUGGCUACAUCAAGCCUCACAUUGACAGUGUCAAGACAGGACUGUCUAUAGGCUACCUAUAGCAACCACCCUCCAGUGAUGUUCACACUUGCUUCUGCCCUCUAACACGCAGAGCCAGCACAGCUAUACAAGAUGGCGUCAGAAAGCAAAGCGGGGCCUAUGCGUGUCCUGGUGACUGGUGGAUCUGGGUUGUUGGGAAAAGCCAUCGAGCAUGUGGUGCAGCAGCAAGGUGGGAAACUAGAGGGAGAAGAAUGGAUCUUCCUCUCUUCUAAGGAUGCUGAUCUUGUAGAUGUUGGGCAGACCAGGGCUGUGUUCGAGAAGUAUCGUCCCACUCAUGUCGUCCACCUGGCUGCAAAGGUCGGAGGACUCUAUCAGCACAUGAGGGAGAACCUGCACUUUCUGCGGGACAACAUCAAAAUCAAUGACAAUGUGCUACAAACAGCUCACGAAAUGGGCGUCUCCAAGGUAGUGUCUUGCCUGUCCAGUUGUAUCUUUCCCGACAAAACCACAUACCCCAUCGAUGAGACCAUGAUACACAAUGGACCACCGCAUGACUCCAACUUUGGAUACUCGCAUGCUAAAAGGAUGAUUGAUGUUCAGAACAGGGCCUACUUUCAGCAGUAUGGUCAUCGGUACACAGCGGUCAUCCCGACCAAUGUGUUCGGCCCCUUUGACAACUUCAACAUAGAAAAUGGUCACGUGCUGUCGGCUCUCAUUAACAAGACGUACAAGGCCAAAAAGGAAGGAACUCCUGUGACUGUAUGUGGCUCUGGAGCUCCGAGGAGACAGUUUGUCUACUCUCUGGAUGUGGGUCGUCUAAUCAUUUGGGUCCUGAGAGAAUAUGAAGAGAUUGACCCCAUUAUCCUCUCUGUGGGUGGAGAGGAUGAAAUCUCAAUCAAAGAGGCCGUGGACUUUAUUGCAGAGGCUCUGGACUUCAAGGGCAACAUGCACUUUGACACCACCCUGUCUGAUGGCCAGAUGAAGAAGACCGCCAACAAUGCCAAGCUAAGACGCUACCUCCCGGACUUCACCUUUACACCGCUUAAAGAAGCAAUAAAGAUGACCUGCGACUGGUUUGUGGACAACCCUGACAUUGCCCGGACAUAAAGUGACCGGAGCUGAAAAUGAACACCAUUCCAAUUCAAUAUUGGUUUAUAAAAUUGCUGAACAUAUUCUGUCUUGCACUGGAGCUUCUUUAUCUUUUAAUCUCUAAGGAAUUCCACAUCAAUGUAAUAUUAAGAGUAAUUAAUUAAUUAAUUAAUUAAUUAAUUAAUUAAUUAGAACUUACUUUGUACAACGGGGACAAAGGGAUGUAAAGCAUCGACCAGAUAAGUCUAAAAGUUUAAUACAACUCUAAAAAUUGGGGAAACCAUAACGCGUUUAUCUGCUAUUUUAAUUCAGCUAUUAUAAAAUUUUAAUUCUGCUAUAUUAUAUUGUUUUAAUCCUGCUAUUUUAUCUACUAUUUUAUACUAUUUUAAUUUUGC